AGGCACAGAGUCCGGCAUUGGUCCCAAGGCAGCCAGUUAGCCCGCCGCCCAGCUGUCUGUUCCCAGAGCCAUGGAGAGAGCCAGUCUGAUCCAGAAGGCCAAGUUGGCAGAGCAGGCCGAACGCUAUGAGGACAUGGCAGCCUUCAUGAAGGGCGCUGUGGAAAAGGGUGAGGAGCUCUCCUGCGAAGAGCGAAACCUGCUCUCGGUGGCCUACAAGAAUGUGGUGGGCGGCCUGAGGGCUGGCUGGAGGGUCCUGUCCAGCAUUGAGCAGAAGAGCAACGAGGAGGGCUCGGAAGACAAGGGCCCUGAGGUGCGAGAGUACCGCGAGAAGGUGGAGACUGAGCUCCGGGGCGUGUGCGACACUGUGCUGGGCCUGCUGGACAGCCACCUCAUCAAGGAGGCUGGGGAUGCUGAGAGCCGGGUCUUCUACCUGAAGAUGAAGGGCGACUACUACCGCUACCUGGCCGAGGUGGCCACCGGGGACGACAAGAAGCGCAUCAUCGACUCAGCCCGGGCAGCCUACCAGGAGGCCAUGGACAUCAGCAAGAAGGAGAUGCCACCCACCAACCCCAUCCGCCUGGGCCUGGCCCUGAACUUUUCUGUCUUCCAUUACGAGAUCGCCAAUAGCCCCGAGGAGGCCAUCUCGCUGGCCAAGACCACUUUUGACGAGGCCAUGGCUGACCUGCACACCCUCAGCGAGGACUCCUACAAAGACAGCACCCUCAUCAUGCAGCUGCUGCGAGACAACCUGACACUGUGGACAGCUGACAACGCCGGGGAAGAGGGGGGCGAGGCUCCCGAGGAGCCCCAGAGCUGAGCCCGGCCACCACCUGCCCUACCCCGCCCUGCCCACUCCAGUCCCCCACCCUGCGGAGAGGACUAGUGUCUGGGUGGGAGGUCCCACCCUUCUCCCCAAGGCUCUGCCCCAGCUCAGAAGGGCCCCAUGGAGAGGACCUGCAGAGCUGAGGCCACCUGGGACCGGGUUUCCACUCUUCCUGCAGCUGUCGAGUGCUCCCAACCCCUGAUCAUCCCACCCAACCCUGCUCUCCGCACCCCCUUCCUCCCGACCCCACUUCUUCCCCCUCCUCUCCUCCCUCCUGUCCCUGCAGCCUCUGGAUCUUAGGAAUGGAGGAGUGUCCCACCCUGGUGGCUGAGAACUGGACCAUGCGGCAGGGGCUGGACGUGGGUGUGUGCGUGUGUGACUGUGCGUGAGAGCGAGAGCAGGACCGAGACCCAGAGGGAAAGCAUGUCUGCUGGCUGUGACCAUGUUUUCUCUCAAUAAAGUUCCUCUGUGACACUCC